UUCUGCAGAAAAGGGCAUAGCUUGUGGGUGUUGUCAUCUUAGCUUUACAAUAAUGAGUGUUCUACAUAAGAGAAUAGGUUCCCCCCUCUUCUUCUUUCACGCUUUUGCACCUUUUUGUUUGCUUCUGAUUUUGUCUUAUUUUCCGAUACCUUGUUUGGUUGCCGAUGUGGAAAAUUGAAACGGGGCGUUUUUCUGUUAAGAGUGCUUGUAGUAUGAGGAUGGCGGGGAUGGAUGACAUGGCGGAGCUGCUGGAGGCGUCAGAAAUUUUGAAGAUGAGCUUAGGGAAGGCACUCACUCUCGCUCGUGCUUUCAGCCAUUACCUCAAUUUGAUGGGCAUUGCUGAAGCUCAUCACAGGGUUCGUAGACAAAAGAAUGUGGCAUCCCUAUCAAAAUCUUGUGAUGAUAUUUUUAAUCAGCUUCUGCAGCGUGGUGUUUCCCCAGAUCAGCUUUACGAUACCAUUUGCAAUCAGGAGGUCGAGAUUGUUCUUACUGCACAUCCUACACAAAUUAAUUGUGGAACCUUACAAUACAAACAUAUCAGACUUUCUGUGCGAGAGAUACUUCUGUAUGGCAAACAGAUGAGCUUAGGCACCAUAAACCCACACCAGGUGAUGAAGCUAGGGCAGGUCACAAAAGAUGUCUCACUUUUAUCUAGGUGGAUGACUAUUGAUCUCUAUAUUCGAGAAGUGGAUAGCCUGAAAUUUGAACUAUCCAUGAAUAGGUGCAGCGAUAUCUUGUCAAAACUGGCACAAGAGAUUCUAGAACACUGUAUGACAGAUUGCAGUUAUUUUCAGCGGUCAUUAAUAUUGGCUGCUUGGUAUCAUGUGGAGACUACCAAGGCAUAGCUUCCAUUGUUUUUCCUUGCCAAUUUCCUUAGCAGAAUCUGCAUCUGAGGAUCACCAAAGUUGGGAUCAUCAGUGUUAUAAUAGGAAUCAGGUAAAGCAACAAGCUGCAACACUUCCAACACAACUUCCAGCUAGAGCUAAUCAACCCUCUUGCACUGGUGAACAUCCGAUUAUCCUCUUAAAACUACUUUUUAAAGAAAAAAUUUAUAAUAAAAUUGAGGAUCUCGAAAGUUGUGUUACUUUUAUAUUAUUUUCAUAUGCUGCCAUCCUUAUUGCAUAAAUGAGAACUUGCUCAAGUAAGUUACAAAUAGAACUGACGUCAGUUCCAAAGAAGGCAGUGCGUAUCACAUGAACCCCUGUAGUUAUUUCCUUUUCAAAUAUGGAGGGAAUCAAUUUUCAUAAAUAAAAUCUUAAUUUAGCUGUAUUAUAGUGAGCUAGGCUUUCUUUCCACCUAGAAUCUCUAUUAGCAGUUACUUUUCUUUUUUUUCCCCUU